CGAAAGUGACGUCACGAAGACAUCCGUCCAUCCGUCCCAUCCUCACAUCCGAAAAUGCCGCAACGACUAUAUAAUGGCGGCCACCUCCACCUCAAUGCUGGUCAAACUCCACGCAGACUAACAUGUCGUCCACUGCAACCACAAGCUCCUCGGUAUCCCACCUCAACCUCUUAUCACUCUAUCAUGUUCUUUGGCAGCAGCAAGAUUACGCUGUCGUAAGGCAGCUGAAAUGCAAUGUCACAGAUCUGGAGGAGCAAGAACAGGUGCACCCAUUCAAAUUUGACGCCAUUGAUCUAUCUCGAUGCCCUGGUGCCACGCUACCAAACGGAGCGACCUCGAUGAUCAUCCGACCGGUGUAUGAGACCUUCUUCCACAAGAUCUCCAAUAACGAGCGAAAUAUUGUCGUUCAUGGGUCGGCUGGUAUCGGAAAGACAUAUUUCUUGUUAUACGUCCUCGUCAGGCGACUUCUUGCGCGCAAGCCGGUCACCUACCAGGUCGACCAACCAGGCUCGAGCGUCUUGUGUUUUACUGCCGACGGCUUCUUCGCUCUCCCAGAGGAGAACAGCGAAUACCACUCGUUGUUCCAAUGUGAAGAUGUGUUGCACCUAAUCGACAGCACGCAAGAAGACACCAUUACGCACCUGAACACUGAGCACACUCGUGCUUUGAUGCGAGGCUCGUGCGGCAAGGCUGUCUUCGCCACAUUCUGGCCAGAUAGUCUGGGCCUCGACGUCGAAUGGUUGUCUGACUGCGAUAUCGUGCUUCGGAAGUGGAUGAAACCGUGCACUUUCGACGAGAUCUUUGCGAUGAGUGUUCUGACCUCAGGUCAGCAUGACGCAAAGUCCUUGCGAUGGUCGUACAUCCAUUUCGGGUCCAACGCACAUGCUUGCUUGCAAAUAUCUCGUCAUGCCAGUGAUGCAGAUCAUUAUCUCAAGGAGCUUGAGCGUGCCCACGAUGAUUUGUGGACCAAGCCACCUAUACUGCGCGAGCCUGAAGCGCAAUACAACCGUAACCUCUUCGCUGUCGAACCUGGAAAAACUUGUGCAGAGCCACUUUCCUUCCCCGUAUCGCAAGUCGCUACCAGGCUUUUCGCGGGCGAGAUCACCUCCGUAGACUCCGCCGGCGCCAAGGAGACCGCGAAUACCCUACUUAACUCAGAGGACACGAAAGAGGCGGGCGAGAUCUUCUAUCGCCAAGCUGUUGUGGCUCUGAUGUCCAGAUUCGGGGGGACUUUUACGCUCGGACGCCCUGAUUUGCAGGGCCAUUACCAUCUGGCACAAGAAGAGCUGGUGCUGCGGACCAAAACACAUUUGGCACACGAGGAACAACGGGCCAUGCCCUCGAGCUUUAUAUACUCUACCCAACGCGAACUUGCGAUGUUGGCCGAGUACUGCCCACAACUCCUCCACACACCCCAGCAUGCGCUCGUGCAUCCAGGCAUCGAUGCAAUCAUGUUUGACUCCAACAAGUUGACUGUAUGGCUCGUGCAGGUGACGCACGGGACGCACGGGACCUCACGCCCAGUCUCUCCGGAGGGUCUUAUCUUCCUGCUGGAUGUUGUACGGGGAAGCCCUUACGAGCCGUCCCCUACACACCCCUGGCAAUUCAUCUAUGCCACACGGGGGCAGUCUACCAAAACCUUCUAUCUCAGUGGGAAGGAAAGAACGCAGCGCUUUUCCAUGGGUUUCUGGCUACCGCGCAUCAAACCAUACAUCAUGCAGCUGCGCGACACGGAUCGGGAAGUCCACUCUUCGAGCAAGCCGUACGAACAGUGGGGUCUCCCUUAUAAAGCUCCGCAAAAGAGCUCACCCAGCCUCCCGCGGCGCCUUGCGAACUCGCUGGCGCACCUUGUUCCAAGGUCCCGGAGCACCACGGAAUCUAACAUUACAGUCCUGGACAAGAUGACUUCAGAAAUCAAUGGCGCGAUUAUACGGAACUCGGGGGUGCCAGGAGCUCAGUUGCUCGGAGAGAUAGUGAAAGAGCAGUAUCCAGGCCCACUCGACCACUAUGUGCGGGAUGUUGAACAGACAAAUAGCUGGGUGAAGAGAUGGGCAGAGGUGUGUCGAUGAGAGCGAGAAUGUAGUGCUUAUUUAUUACUUCAAUAAUGCUCGUGGUUAGUACUCCUGAAUCCAUUUCUGAUUUGCCACACC